GUUUAUAAAGUCGGCAGCAGUGUGAGCAGCGGUGUUGCAGAAUGUUUGGAAAACUUUCCCUCUCGCUCUUUCUCCUCACUCUUUUCUACCAUGACCCUGCGGACGCACAGAAGAAGAAAGAGACUCUUCUGUCGGAGAAGGUGACUCAGAUGAUGGAGUGGGCCUCUAAGCGGUCAGUCAUCAGGAUGAAUGGAGAUAAGUUUCGUCGCUUUGUCAAGGCUCCUCCCAGGAACUACUCGGUGGUCAUCAUGUUCACGGCGCUGCAGCCACAGAGACAGUGUGGAGUCUGCAGACAAGCUGAUGAGGAGUUCCAGGUCCUGGCCAACUCCUGGCGUUAUUCCUCGGCCUUUACCAACAAAGUCUUCUUUGCAUCUGUGGAUUUUGAUGAAGGAUCAGACGUCUUUCAGAUGCUCAGUAUGAACUCUGCUCCGACCUUCCUCCACUUCCCAUCCAAAGGGAAACCUCGCAGGUCAGAUACCUACGAGCUGCAGGUCCGAGGCUUUGCAGCGGAGCAGCUGGCCAGAUGGGUGGCAGACCGGACUGAUGUGCAGAUUCGAAUCAUUCGUCCUCCCAACUACGCCGGGCCUCUCCUGCUUGGCUUCCUCCUGGCUGUGAUCGGAGGACUGGCAUAUCUGCGACGACACAACUUAGAGUUCCUCUUUAACAAGAACGUCUGGGCCUUCUCUGCACUGUGCUUCGUCCUGAUCAUGACUUCAGGCCAGAUGUGGAACCACAUCAGAGGACCUCCGUAUGCACACAAGAACCCCAGCACCGGACAAGUUAGUUACAUCCAUGGCAGCAGUCAGGCCCAGUUUGUGGCAGAGACACACAUUGUCCUCCUCUUCAAUGCUGCUGUUACCAUGGGAAUAGUGCUGCUGUGUGAGGCUGCUACCUCGGACAUGGACAUUGGAAAGAGGAAGAUUAUGUGUGUAGCAGGUAUUGGUCUGGUGAUGCUGUUCUUCAGCUGGCUGCUGUCCAUUUUCAGAGCAAAGUACCAUGGAUACCCGUACAGCUUCCUGAUGAGUUAAAGGCGACCGACAUCUUCCAGCCUCACAGCAACUUCCCCAAAGUGCUGUCAUCACACGGAGCGCUGCUGCUGGGAACGGCCACGCCACAUCUGUGUGUGCUGAGCCACGGUUUGUCUUCUAAUCUGUUGAGCCAAAAGCGUGUGUGCCGGCACACAGAAAUAAACACUGUGCCUUCUCAAAGACUCAGCAAGCUAUGAAUUUGCCAACAACACAACCAUCAGCAGUAUGCAUUCUAAACCGUUUUGUGCCAAAAGGUGUUUUCUACAUGCACAUUUUGGAAGUUUUUCAGUCCAGCUCCUACUGGACACAAAUCUCAGCGUGUCUUAUUUUUUAAUCAGGCCAUGGACUCUGUUCUGUUUGUUUUGUUGUUAGUUUGUUGCUUAACUUGAACCAGGGAGUGAUAUUCGUGGAGUAGCAAAGCGGGAGCUGUUAUUUCUCUUAGCGGGAGUUCUGGGAAUAAGUCAUUUUGGUAACAUCUUCGUCAGGACUUGGAAACAACGUCCCAGGAAGUUUUCUGGAAAGAAACAUUUUGGAGAUUGGGAGAGCUUUCUGUGGUAGUACAAACACAGAGUGCAUACUCAUUUAUCAAGUUUUUAAGAAAGAAUCAACAGACUUAAAUAGUUCCCCUAGACCUAAAAGUGGGUUUCGAAGCUACUCCUGACUGCUUGGAUCAAAUGAAACUCAUUAAGAUAUUACUCUUACUUCAUGAAAAAUGUAACUUUAUAUCAUGUUCAGCUGAGCUGUGCUGCUCUGUUCUGACUAAAGGAUGCCAUUUUUGCUAAAUAUGAAUCACAAAUAUAACAAUUGAACAAUGUUAAUUUCCCUAGUAACUGUCACCAAAUUACAUAUUUCUUUCUCGGACUCUAAGUACUGUAUAUACAGUUGGGUUUCUGUUCCUUUCUCUGUCACGAUCUGCUCGUUACAAAAUGACAGAGAUGAAGGAAAAAUAAUCUGUUUGCCAUUUUGAACUAGUGAAACAAAUGAAGCCAGAUUUGAGUCAGUGCGUACAUAAAAGCUCUGUAAAAAAGACCGAAACCUCCAUCAGCAGGCUCUUCCAUUUACUUAAUAGUAGGAGUCUUGAAAAAAGCAGCUUUUGAGUGCUUGGUUUGAGUAACUGAAAGAGUCAAGUGCAAAAGUGAUCUGACUGAUUUACCUCCAUUGUAUCGACCCAAAUUUGCUGAUUAACCCUUGAAAUUUAAGUAUAUUGGUUGAUUUU